AUGAAACUAUACGGUUCCCACCUCAAGUGGUUCUUCCACGAACACCUUAUUCAAUGGAAAGUUCCAAGAGAAUGGCACAAUAAGGACAUUGGAAGUGACAUGUCCGGCGGCACCAUUUUGCGAAAACAUAGACUGCACUAUAUGCGCUGCGGUACUAUUCAAUCCAGAAUGCUGGCCUGUAGGGGCACUCAUCGUCAGCGCAAUUUUGCUUUAUCUCUUACUGAUGGGAUGCUAUGUUUUCUUCUAUGUACCGCUGGUACUCGGGAGACCUUUACGCGUUUUAACGAGUCUGAUGUGCACGGGGGCCCGCUUCUUGUUACGUGUUCUUUUCACGAAAUCUUUGAGAAGAGGACGACAGAAAGGGAUGGACUUGGCACAACUACUCGCGAUUUUCCACGUUGCCAAGAACUGAACGUGUUCACGCACCGUAUGACUAAGUGUUCGACUGAAAAGAACAUCUGUAAAGUUCGUGUGUCGGAAGUAUUAAAAGUCAAUUCCUUCAAAAGGGAGGCAUGCUUGAAAUUACGAGGCAAUUCUACCACACUGCGUGAAGUUCGAGUUACAUGGGAUUCGCUCCUUCUGGUAUGUGAACCGCAGAGCAUGCUUUUCACCCGAGAUACAACGUACCAUGCCUCUUGUGUCAACGAGAAAUGCACGCCAAUCAAUAGGUCAUCGGUCGUGCCCGAACUGAGCGAAGGAAAUCAAUAUCCUGGCGUAACCUCAUGUGUAGAGUCUUGCGGAGGGCUAGGUUGUGAUUGCUUUUGGUGGGGUUCAGGAUGUCUAUUUUAUCGCGUCUACCUUAAGCCCAGAGCACAACAAGUAUACGAGGUCUUCAGGUGCACAAGGUGGACCGAAGCAGUGAAAGUCAAGUUGAAACAUUCGAACGCGUUGAAUGGGAAAACCACAUCCUAUGUAGCCCUGCUGAACCCAAAUAUUCCGCUUAAGUGGUUAUCAUACUCCUUUACACUAAGUUCGGUAGCAGUACCACCUCUUCCAUCCUUAAACGUUCCCUUUAUAACGGAUGGACGCAACACUGCUCUGUGGGAUUCACAUCUGGUGCCUCCACUUCAGUGCUCUACCGCGGAUGCAGCCGACAAACUCCAAUGUGAAGUAAUGGAAAAUUGCGUGUGCAAUCCAGCAGAAACAAAAGCGAAUUGCAACUGCAGGGAAAUUAAUAUCUCCGCUUGGUUCCAGAACUUACAAAAUAGGCUGCCUGUAAGAACACCUUCUCUUACUUUCUUCAGAGAUAGAGAAGGAAGGGUAGUAGCUCGCGUACCGUCAAUGACCACAUCUGAAAUCAUACUGUCGCUUGACGAAGAUCUAGAGACUGAGCUCUUGGUUGAGGAAUCGAUAUGUCGAGUAGAUGACGCGUUUUUGAUUGGGGUUACAAAUGCUCAAAAGGAGCAAUAG